UGGGAAGAGCUGAAGCAGGCGCUUUUGGCUCGGCGCGGUCCGCUGCAAUCCGUGGAGGAACGCGCCGCCGAGCCACCAUCAUGCCUGGGCACCUACAGGAAGGCUUCGGCUGCGUGGUCACCAACCGAUUCGACCAGCUAUUUGACGACGAAUCGGACCCUUUCGAGGUACUGAAGGCAGCAGAGAACAAGAAAAAAGAAGCCGGCGGGGGCGGCGUUGGGGGCCCCGGGGCCAAGAGCGCCGCUCAGGCCGCGGCCCAGACCAACUCCAACGCGGCGGGGAAACAGUUGCGUAAAGAGUCCCAGAAAGAUCGCAAGAACCCGCUGCCCCCCAGCAUCGGCGUGGCUGACAAAAAGGAGGAGACGCAGCCGCCGGUGGCGCUUAAGAAAGAAGGAAUAAGGCGAGUUGGAAGAAGACCUGAUCAACAACUUCAGGGUGAUGGGAAAAUUCUUGAUAGGAGAGCAGAAAGGCGACCACCUCGCGAAAGAAGAUUUGAAAAGCCACUUGAAGAAAAGGGUGAAGGUGGCCUGAAGCAUGAGGACAAACGUGGAGGUAGCGGAUCUCACAACUGGGGAACUGUCAAAGAUGAAUUAACUGAUUUGGAUCAAUCAAAUGUGACUGAGGAAACACCUGAAGGUGAAGAGCACCCCGUGGCAGACACUGAAAAUAAGGAGAACGAAGUUGAAGAGGUUAAGGAAGAGGGUCCAAAAGAGAUGACUUUGGAUGAAUGGAAAGCUAUUCAAAAUAAAGACCGAGCAAAAGUAGAAUUUAAUAUCCGAAAACCAAAUGAAGGUGCUGAUGGACAAUGGAAAAAGGGAUUUGUUCUGCAUAAAUCAAAAAGUGAAGAGGCUCAUGCUGAAGAUUCAGUUAUGGACCAUCAUUUCCGGAAGCCAGCAAAUGAUAUAACGUCUCAACUGGAGAUCAAUUUCGGAGACCUAGGCCGCCCAGGACGUGGUGGCAGGGGAGGACGUGGUGGCCGUGGCCGUGGUGGUCGUUCAAACCGUGGCAGCAGGACUGAUAAGUCAAGUGCUUCUGCUCCUGAUGUAGAUGACCCAGAGGCAUUCCCAGCUCUGGCCUAACUGGAUGCCAUAAUACAACACUGGUUCCUUUGUGGACCCUCCUGUUCAAAGCUUUGCAUGCUUAAGGAUCCCAAACAACUAAGAAUUAAAAAAAAAAAGACUGUCAUUCAUACCAUUCACACCUAAAGACUGAAUUUUAUCUGUUUUGAAAACGAACUUCUCUAGCUACACAGAAGUAACAAAUAUGUUAGUCAGUUUUGUAUUUAGAAAUGUAUUGGUAGCAGGGAUGUUUUCAUAAUUUUCAGAGAUUAUGCAUUCUUCAUGAAUACUUUUGUAUUGCUGCUUGCAAAUAUGCAUUUCCAAACUUGAAAUAUAGGUGUGAACAGUG